AUACCAAUAAAAAGUAAAGUUUUAUGUCAAGGUACUAAGGUACCGACGUUACUGUUUAACAUUCGCGUCUGAAAAAUUUAUAGCAUUGUCAUCCUCACGUGCAACCAAGGACAUUUGGCAAAUUUUAUGCGCAUCUUUAUUUAGGCGGUCCGGAAUCGAUCGAGUAACCCUCCAGCAUUGUACAAGCUUAAGUACAUCCCCACUCCACAAUCCAUACGAUGUUUGGCUCGCGGUGGCGUCUCAACAUGCCACAACGAUAAAUUAACUUUUUACCGAUACGAAUACGGUACAACAGUCCGCCGAAGUCGCUCGGAGAGCACGCUUGUUUUCACCAGCUCUCAAACUGGCCGCUAAAGAAAGGCCUGAAGUACUCUUCCGAGCCCAGAGCGUCAGCCUAUCUGAACGCCCCAAGUCCAACUAUGCACGUACCGUUCGCAGCGCGGACCCCACUAGACUUAGGUGUGAUAAACAAUUCUUCCCACAUCGACCCCCAUCCGUCGACAAAAAGAAACCAAAACCAACCAAAGUCAUGGUCAAACAACAAAAACGAAAACCCAUCGAAAAAAUCCCGUGCGCGAUUUCCAUCCAAACCCUCUCUAUACCGAUGAAAUACGCCGACACCCAUUCAACCUCCACGCAACAUAGAAUCGAUAGUCACAACAAAACUAAGUCUUCUAAUCCCCCUAAACAGGUCGGCGAGAAGAGGCUGUGUCAAACGAACGGCGGGAAAGAGACGGAGAACAAGCUGCUGGUACAGAUCAGCGAAGCCGAACAAGUGUCGGACUUUGAAAGGAUUCUUAAUUCUAAUGCAAUAUUGUGUGAGCGCCGCAGACACGUGUGGCGCAGUGUCGCCGCGCCGACGCCUGCCUCAGCCCAUCGGCCGCGGUCCUCUUACUCCCUCCGCUCCGUGAGCCAGGCCUACCACUACCUCUUCAGGCAGCACGAGGACUCGCUCCAGCCGCUCAUCGACCACUACCGGCAGACUCUCGCCACCGACAACGAAAGCUUAGGGAACAACUUAGACAAUCUUAACGACUUACAAGAGUUCUACGAGGAUGACCACACCUUAAAUAAGGAAAUCGAAACAGCGACUGACGAACUUAUCACAGAGGAAAUUCAGGAGGAGCCGCGUGGAAAGCGCGGAAACUUCAAUGUUAACUUGGCCGGUCUUAUCGAUCUUCACGUGACUGGGGAAGCGUGCUCGCCGGUGCCACACGAGACCGAUCCGUCGCCGGACGUCGACCGGCCCGGGACCGACGACGAGGAGGAAUGGCUCACACCGAGCAUGAGCGCGCCCGAUGACCAACAAGAGAAUCGCGACUCCGUCGACUGUCUCGCACAAAACUUGAACGGCGUGAAGCUGGGCGAUGCGAAAGUUCCGACGAUAACGUUUAAUAACUGUUCAGACGGAGGUAGAAGCGAGCUGCCGCAUAAUAAGAACGUCGUCAUCCAUCUGGCUGUGCCCUCCAUUGAUUGCAUUGAUGAGACGCGCCCGCCGAUGUGA